UAUAUAUAAAUAGCAUACAAACAAAAAGUAGUAUCCACAAUAAAAACAACAAAUUUAAUAUGGAUAAAAAUCUUAUGAUGCCGAAGCGUUCGCGCAUAGAUGUUAAAGGCAGCUUUGCCAAUGGUCCGCUGCAGGCGCGACCGUUGGUGGCGCUGCUGGAUGGACGCGAUUGUUCAAUUGAGAUGCCCAUACUAAAGGAUGUGGCUACAGUGGCCUUCUGCGAUGCACAGAGCACAUCCGAAAUACACGAGAAGGUGCUAAACGAAGCAGUUGGCGCCUUAAUGUGGCACACCAUCAUCUUGACCAAGGAGGAUCUUGAGAAAUUCAAAGCUUUACGCAUCAUUGUGCGCAUUGGCAGCGGCACAGAUAACAUUGAUGUUAAAGCCGCUGGCGAAUUAGGCAUUGCAGUAUGCAAUGUGCCCGGCUACGGUGUCGAGGAGGUGGCAGACACAACAAUGUGCUUGAUAUUGAACCUAUAUAGGCGCACCUAUUGGCUGGCGAAUAUGGUGCGAGAGGGCAAAAAGUUUACGGGUCCCGAACAAGUGCGAGAGGCGGCACAUGGCUGCGCACGCAUACGUGGCGAUACUUUAGGCUUAGUUGGUUUAGGUCGCAUUGGCAGCGCUGUAGCGUUGAGAGCAAAAGCAUUUGGCUUCAAUGUUAUAUUCUACGAUCCCUACCUACCCGAUGGCAUUGACAAAUCUCUCGGCCUCACACGCGUCUACACGCUCCAGGAUCUGCUAUUCCAGUCCGACUGCGUCUCACUGCAUUGCACGCUCAACGAGCACAAUCAUCAUUUAAUCAAUGAAUUCACAAUUAAACAGAUGCGACCUGGUGCAUUUCUGGUGAACACCGCCCGCGGCGGUCUGGUCGAUGAUGAGACCUUGGCGUUGGCACUGAAACAGGGUCGGAUAAGAGCAGCCGCAUUGGACGUGCACGAGAACGAACCAUACAAUGUAUUUCAAGGCGCACUGAAAGAUGCUCCAAAUCUGAUUUGUACACCACACGCCGCCUUCUUCAGCGAUGCAUCCGCAACGGAGCUGCGCGAAAUGGCAGCCACCGAAAUACGACGAGCGAUUGUCGGCAAUAUUCCAGAAGUGCUGAGGAAUUGCGUUAACAAGGAGUACUUCAUGCGCACGCCGCCAACCACUGCGGCCGGAGGCGUUGCGGCGGCUGUUUAUCCCGAAGGAUUAAAUGGCGGCUAUUAUACAGGCGCACUGCAUCAUCGGGCACACAGCACCACACCGCACGAUGGUCCCCACAGUACAACAAAUCUGGGCAGCAGCAGCAGCGGCGGCGGCACAACCAGCGCUGCUUUGAUACCGCCACCGGCCGCUGGCAGCAACACUGUGGCAGCAGCUGCUGUCGCUGUGGCCGCCGCAGCGGCAGCGGCUGCUGCGCUCCUGCCCUCGCCGGUACCGCCACCGAAUGCAGCAGCUGUGCCAACGGUGCCACAUUUGUCGCCCCAAGUUGGUGGAUUGCCGCUCGGAAUUGUGAGUAGCCAAUCGCACCUGAGUGCGCCCGACCCUAAUAACCAUCUGUCAUCGAGCAUUAAAUCUGAAGUGAAGGUCGAGUCAACGGAAACACCGUAGGCUGCUGCAUCCUUGCUGGAGGGAGGCAAACAAAAAUAAUAAUAUAAAUAAAUAAAAUAUAAAAAAAAAAAAAAAAAAAAAAAUCCACAACAACAGCCACAAAAACUGGUGUGACAACGGGCCGCCGUGUGACAGGAUGGAACUCACACAGGGAGUGGGCACAACAGGGCGGGGCUAGUGGCAGUCAACUACUAUAUUUGGAUAAAACAUAUGUUUAUAAUUUGUUAUAAUGCCAAUUUACAAUUAACAAUCGCCAAUUGCCACAUCCUACGGCUGCUCCUGUGUGCGUGUGCCACUGCGCCCAGCCUUUGAUUUGAAUUUUUUCCAAGUUUCUAAGUUUUAAUU